ACGCUCCUGCCCGUCUUUUUUCUCAGCUCUCCAUUUCCCAGCGCCCCGCUAGAGGUAGCUUGGCGUUGCCAUGGAGAAUGGAGAAUGUGUGGGCGCCGCGCCGGGGGGUGGGGUGGAAAUGCAGGACUGAAACUACAUUGACCACAAGGCAUCGGGGGCGGCAGGUUCUGGACCAAUCACAGCCCAGAACAAGGGCUGUUUCCUGCUGCUCGGUCGGCGGGGGCGGAACUUCCUGCGUCGCCAUUGUUGGCAUUCCUUCUGUUCUUGACAGGUCGUUUUCCACUGCCCUUGGGGACCCGAGUGUUGGGUCGUGGCCGUUUUCCAGGCGCCUCCUCGGGACCCGGCCGAGGUGGACAGUGAGGAGGAUGGGACCGGCCUCCAGGCUCCGUACGAGCCGCACUGUCCUGUAACGUGGUGUCCUGCGUCCCCACGGUCCCUGGAGGCGGCGUUUACACCGUGGGGACAGAGGUCCCGCGUGCAACGGGCGGUGGGAGGCCCCCGGCCUGGGGCUGGGGGUGUAGGGAGCGGCAGAGCCCGCCUGGGUCUGAUGGCGGUGGCGCUGAGGGGCCCGCUGCGGGGCUGGGGGACCUUUGAGGACAUUGCCGUGUACUUCUCCCAGGAGGAGUGGGGGCUCCUUGACGAGGCUCAGAGGCACCUGUACUGUGAUGUGAUGCUGGAGAACUUGGCACUUGUGGCCUCACUGGAUUAUGGGUGUGGAGCAGAGGCUGAGGAGGCAUCUUAUGAGAAGAGUGUUUAUGUAGCAGUGCUUCAGUCCAGGACCCCCAAGGCAGAUCCAUCCAUCCAGAAGGCCAACACCUGUGAUGUGCAUGACCCAGUGUUAAAAGACAUAUUACACCUGGCUGAGCACCAGGGAAUACAACCCAGGCAGAAACUGUACACGUGUGAGACAUGUGGGAGAGGUUUCUGGCUCAGUGCGAACUCUCACAAGCACCAGAAGGAGCACAGUGAAGAGAAACCCUUCACAUGCAGGGAGUGUGCUAAGGCUGUCCUGGACAGCCAUGGUCUCCAGCCCCAGGCCACCUACGGAGAGGGGACAUCACACAGAAGCACCGAAUGUAAGGAGGCCUUACCACCCAGCUCCAUUUGGCAGCAACAGCAGGGAGGCCACGCCUCACAGAAGCCCUUCAAGUGCAGCGACUGCGGACAAGCUUUCCUGAAGGCCUUUGCACUCCUCAACCACCUGAUCACUCACGCCAAAGAGAGACCCUUCAGGUGCCCAGCAGGUGGAAAUGCCCCCAUGGAGAGCUCAACCCUGUUUAAUCACCGAAAAACUCACACUGGAGAAACAUCCCAUGUGUGUAAGGAAUGUGGGAAGGUGUUCAGCCACCUGUUUAGCCUGAGGAUGCAUCAGAAAGUGCACACUGGAAAAGCGCAUCUCAGUUGCAGUGAAUGUGGUAAAGUCUUCACCCGCAAACACUCACUCACUCAGCACCAGAGAGUUCACACUGGAGAAAGGCCUUAUGAGUGUGACCAGUGUGGGAAAGCCUUCACUCGUAGCUUCCACGUUGUUCGGCACCAGAAAGUUCACAACACAGAGAGGCCUUAUGAGUGCAGACAGUGUCGGCGAGUCUUUAGCUGUAUCUCCAACUUUGUCGAGCACCAGAAAAUACAUACCGGAGAAAGGCCUUAUGAGUGCAGCGAAUGCGGAAAAGCCUUCGUUAACACCUCCCAUCUUGUCCGGCAUCAGAAAGUUCACAACACAGAAAGGCCUUUUGAGUGCAGUGAAUGUGGAAAAGGCUUCCAGCAAACCUCCAAACUUAUUCUGCAUCAAAGGAGUCAUACUGGAGAAAGACCUUAUAAGUGCAACCAAUGUGGGAAAGCCUUCAGUUGCCCCUCCAACCUCGUUCCACACCAGCGAAUUCACACUGGAGAAAAGCCUUACAAGUGCUCCGAAUGUGGGAAAGCCUUCAGUCAAAGCUCUGCCCUCAUUCAGCAUCAGAAAGUUCACACCAGAGAAAGGCCUUAUGAGUGCACUGAAUGCGGGAAAGCCUUCAGCUACAGCUCUAACCUUGUUAAGCACCAGAAAGUUCACACCGGAAAACGGCCUUAUAGGUGCAGCCAGUGUGGGAAGGCCUUCAGCGAAAGCUCCAUUCUCAGUCAGCACCAGAGAGUUCACACUGGAGAAAAGCCUUAUGCGUGUAACAAAUGCGGAAAAGCUUUCCGCUACAGCUCAAACCUCUCUAAGCACCAGAAGGGUCACACUGGAAAAGAGCCGUCUGAGUGCAGUGGACAUAGGAUCACCUUCAGCCAGAGCUCCAGCCUCCCUCAGCCCAGAAAGGUCACACCAAAGAAAGGCCUUAGGAAUGUGGCAAGAGUGGAUAAGCACUAGUGGGGACCUUCUCCUUGUUCCAUAAAAGGACUCACUCUUGAGAAACUCCUAUGAGAGGAACUUUUGUGAGGAAGCCAUCAGCCAAAAUUUGAAACUUGCGCAUCCCACACCCCUACUGGGAGAUUGGCUGUAGUGCCAGUGGUAAGUGGGAAGCUUGCAGGAGCUAUGCAGCACUUUCUAACCUGUCCAGGUGCUUUGCCAGAUUAUGUCACUGCCAGGUGCCCUCUCACCUCUACCACUUGGCAGAUCCCCACACCAUGUGCCUGUCAUCUCAACAUACUCAGGGAAUGCAGGCUUGUGUUCUCAUUCCCUGGAGGGAGCCAUAAACUUUGGGAGCCCAUUGGGGUGGCCUCAUUUUCCACCUCUCCCCUGUCCCCAGUGGCUCAGGUGUUGCCUUGACGUAGUUCUCUCCAGGAGGAUCUGGAGUCUGACGAUGUCCAGAGGAAGUUUCCUUCUUCAUGGGCAUUGUUGAGUCUACAGAUGAUGCCUGCAGUGAACUGGUCCAGCCUCCAUAUCACCCAGCCUUGGAACUGCCUGCCUGCAGAGUGUGAUAAUAAAGACCUUAUUGCUGAAGCCA